AUGUCUUUUGGACAGAGGUUCAAACGACAAGGACGAGGGCAAAGAGCCCAUUCAGGGAUUCAGUCAAUCUUCGGAAAGAGAAAGCCUCGAAAGCAUUAUCCGUCCAAUCUAAACAACGGAAUUAAUUACAACUCUGGCCGGGUACCCCCAUUUUGGCGACAGCAACACCCAGCCUCGCAGCAAUAUCCGCAGUACCCAACCUCGCAGCAAUAUCCACAAUACCCAGCCUCGCAGCAAUAUCCGCAAUACCCAGCCUCGCAGCAAUAUCCGCAAUACCCAGCCUCGCAGCAAUAUCCGCAAUACCCAGUCGCGCAGCAACAGCAAGCUGGGCAGCAACUAUCACCAGAGCAGAGGUCCCAAAAUGAUGGCCAGCUCUCCGUCUACUUGUUCAAGUACAGCGCCCCGGAUAAUGUGAAUGAAGAGGAGCUCCAUGCCUAUGAAAGAGCAUUUCGUUCUAAGUGGGAUACGUUUAACGACCCAAAUAAGAAGCCUUCCGGUCAAGACUAA